AUGCUCCCCAGCAGAGGUGUGAUCCGGUCGGGCCAAGCCAUGCGGCUUCGGCAGAUGGCCACGCAGCAGUCCCGCGCCGGAUGCGCACGAAACUUUGCCACGGCGCUGAGAAAGCCCGGCGGUCUCGGCCGGCCGGCCAUGUCGAUCGCACAGCUCUCUGGACGGAGGAUUGGCCUCGUCAACGGAGCUCCGACUACGCUUCCCUCGUCCAUGGCCGCCUUCUCUCUGUUUCCGUGGCGGUCCAAGAAUGCGUCCGCAGAAGUGCUGCCAGAAGGAGCAGUGCCAGAAGCGGCAGUAUCGCCACAAUCCACGGCUACAGCAUCCACUGCCUCCACACCAUCUACACCAUCCGCACCAUCCACGCCAAUCACCCCCUCUGAUGCCGUCCAGCCAGACACCCUUGCGGCUGCCGACCCGACGACGACGGCCGCCUCCGUCUCGGACCUGCUCGACGGCGGCGCACUCCUGGACAUGCCCGAGCAGAUCGGCUACCUGCACGCGAUGGGACUCGACUUCGGCUGGGGCCCCUCGAGCAUGUGCAUGUGGCUGCUCGAACACGUGCACGUCUACACUGGCCUGCCGUGGUGGGCGUCGAUCGGCCUGACCGUGCUGCUGUUCCGCAGCGCCAUCUUCUUUCCGUCCCUGACGGCGGCCGAGCAGAGCGCCCGCUUCCAGAAGCUCCGAGCCGACCCCAAGUAUGCGGCCGCCAUGACGGAGAUGCAGCAGUCGGCUAUGCGUGGCGGUCAGCUGGCCCAGGGUCGUGCCAUGGAGCUGCGCAUGACCACGAAGCGCAUGCAGGCGGCUGCUGGCGUGUCCACCUGGAAGAUGUUCAUCCCCAUGAUCAACGUGCCCUUUGGCUACGGCAUGUUCCGACUGCUGCGCUCCAUGGCCCUGCUACCGGUUCCUGCUCUCGAGACCGACGGACUGCUCUGGUUCCAGGACCUGACCGUGCCCGAUCCCUUCUUCGUCCUGCCCAUCGCCUCCGCCACCAUCAUGUACCUGAUCUUCCGUAACAAUAUCAAAUACAUGGCCCCUGAACAGGCUCAGCUCAUGAAGAUGAUGCAGAUCGUCAUCACGCCCGUCAGCAUCCUCGUCACCGUCAAGAUGAGUGCCGGCCUGACCCUCUUCUUCUUCCUCUCGUCCGUCCUGCAGAUGGUUCAGACCUGGCUGUGGCACCAGCCUUGGCUGCGUACCUGGAAGGGCCUGCCACCACUGCACACUCUCAUCCAGACUCCUGGCGUCGCCAAGCCUGCCGCCUCCUCCACCACUCUCCGCCUCUCGCCCGCAUCCACCUGGCAGGCUCCACGCGCCAUUAGCACUUCUGCUACCGUCACUGCUUCUGGCUCCGAGGCUGCCAAGCCGGCUGGCCCACCUUCCACCGUCGACGUCGUCAAGAAGGGCUGGAACAAGAUGAUGGGCACGGCCAAGGACAAGCAGGGCGCUUCCAAGGACAAGCAGACCUUUAAGGCUGCCCUCGAAUACGAGAAGAAGCGCGCUGCCGAGGAGGAGGAGAGCCUCUACCGCCGCCGCGAGGCCGAGCGGCAGUACCGCGAGAUGAAAAAGGCCAUGGCUCGAGGGACCGCCGACAAGAAGCCCUGA